AUGCCGCGCACUGCGAAGAAUACUCUGCCAGAUGUCUUCGAAGAAAAACCCGAUGACAGCAAAAAGAUUCGAUGCCGGGAAUGUAUUCGCGUGUGGCCCAAGUCCACAUGGAUCUCCAGAGCGAGCCAAAAGAAGCAUUGCGAGAGUCAAGAGCAUCAUACGGCUGUUCAGAGAAAUUUUGAGCAAGCAGAGGCAGCCAAUCUGCAGGCUGUCUCAGAUCCUUAUGAACUCUUCUAUCGCACCGCUGGAGGUGUCUCAAUGAGCUUGAUUCCACCGCCUUUGAUCGCUAGGAACCCUCGCCCACACAUGCUCUCUGCGCUCGACACACCUCAAGAUCACGACGACUGCUCUAAUGACAUGAUUAUAGAUCUCCAGGCUCCCCCUUCCGUGGAUGCUUUGGCAAUUGAAGCUGAGAGAAUGGCUCUGGAGCGCGAACGCAUCCAGGAGCAAAUUCAGCUCCUGCUGAUGGAUGCCCAGAGCGCGGACUUCAUGGACUCGACUGACCAUGAGGACGAUGUCACUCUGUCGAACGUUGUCCACGACUUUCGAGAUAUGGAUUUACAGCACGGACCUUCUGAAGAAGAUGUGCACGACUUCUUCAAUGCCAAUGUCCAGAUGGACUCGGACUACGCUCCUUACCCCAGCAAAGUUGUGCGUGCUUCAAGCUUCUGA